CCGCCAACACAUCUUUGCCACCGGAUAAACCCAAAAUGAAUUGCACAGACAGUAGGAUUACGAUGAAAUCAGCGACAGGCAAGUGUGAAGACUUUCAGGUGCAGCAUUAUCGCUCUGGGAAGCUAUAAGAAGCGACAUGAGUAUGCCCAACAGGCUCUACCACUGCCACGCAAAGUGAGUAUCGCGGUAUAAGAUGUUUCCGUUCAAACUCUUCAUCGCGGCAAUUGCGCUGAUCCCUCUUGCUCAAGGCCAACAGUUCCAGAUUCAGAAUUGGGGAAAUGGCGAAGACGCUACCAACUAUACGUACACCAGCCUCGCAGCCGGUCGUUUUACAUUAGACUGGAUCCUCGGAGCGGGAGGCAAUUUUGUCGCUGGCAAGGGCUAUCGAGGAAACCAGAAUCUCGUGGUCAACUACACCGCCAACUACAAUCCUCAGGGCAACUCUUACCUUGCUCUCUAUGGCUUCACGAGCAACCCUCGUGUAGAAUUUUACGUCGUCGAGGCAUUCGCAUCGCAUAACCCUUCAGACAAUGCAGCACAGUCUUUCUACGGAUAUCACACCAGUGAUGGAGCGCAAUACGAGCUCUGGUCAAAGUAUAACGGGAACUUGAGGCAAUACUGGUCGGUGAGGCGGACAAAUCGUCGUGGGGGUACCAUUACUUUCAACAACCACUAUAAAGCCUGGGUGGCCGCUGGUCUACCAAUGGGAAGUUUGGGGAACACAUUCAUUGUUGUGGAAGGCCAGCAAGGGAGAGGCAACGCAGACAUUACCGUUGGCGUGAGGCCAACUACAAGUAUUGUGGAGACGCCGACGCCGAUAACACGCUCUGCAGUAUGCGUUACUCCGACACAGACCAUUGGUACAGUCUGCAAACCAAGGGGAGCCAAGCGUACAGCGUCGUUCAUUACAUAGUGUCGAUGUGGGCCACCAUGCCAGCUGCGCGAAACUAAAGUUGAAGUAAGGGAUGCACCUGUUCCUCUGAUGAUCG